UCUGAUAAGAAGUUUGACAUUUCGUCAUGUAAUGUAUUGAAUUGCCUGUUAUUUAAGAACAAAUUGUUUUUUUUCGUAUAUAUUAACUAAAAAGAAAUAAUGUGAUGGCAAAGAUAGUAAUGUGAUAACGAAUAUACAUAAAAUAUUUAAUAAGAUAACUACAAACACAAAAUGUACAACGGAAUAGGUUUAGUGACUCCAAGGGGUUCAGGAACAAAUGGACAUGUUCAAAGGAACUGGGCCCUAGUGAAACCUCAUGCUAAAGAUAAGACUCAUAAAACUGAACAGGAACUAGUAGCUUUAGACGUUGCAUCUAACAAACCACCCAAUAAGGAAAUCUUGGAUCAUGAAAGAAAAAGGAAAGUGGAGUUAAAAUGUGCCGAAUUUGCGGAAAUUCUAGAGGAACAAGGGUUUCCUGAAGGAGUUGUCACCAACAAAGUAAACAAUUAUAGAAACAUGCUGAUGAAUCAAGAUAAUGGAAAGCUUGAGAAAAAUGUUGAUGAAUGGGGAAGAACCAACGUUACCGAAACUCACCAAGUGGCCGAGGCGCAGCAAGAAAAGAAUGCCAGGUUGAGGAAAGCUUUCGGCAUCUCAGAAUACUUUGUGGACGGCAGUAGUUUCGAUCCCGAUCGCGAAGCGAAAGAAAAGAUCGCAGAGUCCAAUGCUAUUCAGGAAAGGGAGCAACAGAUAGAAAUGGAGAAAGAGCAAGCAGCAAGAUACCAAUUGGUCCACACUCCAAGUCCUGAACCGGUUGAUACUAAGGCUUCGAAGAAGAAAAAGAGAAAACGUAAAGACAGCGAAUCUAGCGAGGAGCCAAAGAAGAAGAAGAAAUCAAAGAAAAAAAGAGAAAGAUCUGCGAAAAACAAGGAUAAAAAGAAGUCUAAGAAAAAGCAUAGGCACUCGUCUGUCUCGUCAGAUCCAAGUGACCAUUCAGAUUCCUCUGAAGAUAACGAUUCCAGCGAAGAUGAAUCGCCCAAGAAACAGAAGCCUAAAAAGAAGGGGAAAAAGAAGACUACCAAAAGGAGAAGAUCAGUUUCAAACAGCAGCUCAGAUGAAAGUAUUCCCGAUAAGAAAACUAAAAAUGAGAAGAAAAGGGAUAAUAGUGGAUCAGUGGAGAGAUCUAGAAAAAAAUCCUUGGAAAGAGAUUCCAAGAAAGUGAAGCAUUAUUCCCCAGAAGUUAGGAGAGAAAAGAAGCACAAAUCUCCUACUCCACAAAAACGCAAGUUGUCUAAAGAGAGGAGUAGAUCUCCAAAGAAAAUGAAAGGAAAGUACGAGGAGUACAGUAAAUCCAACAGACGAUCAAGAUCAAAUUCUUUGGGAUCAAAAAAAAAUUCGCACAGGAAGAAAUCGGCUUCUCCCUAUGAAUCCAGGAAAUCAAAGAAAUCAAGGUCAAGAUCGCCAUCAUAUAGGAAGAAAUAUCGUUCAAAAUCUUCUGAUAGGGAAAAAUCAGUAGAUAAAAAAGACAAACAAUAUUACGAUUCCAAAAAAAGCAAUCGUGAAACAGGAAGGAACUCAAGAUCAGCCACUCCUCCAAGAAAACAGAGUAGAUAUGAAAGAAGCAAAAAGACUGAAGUCUCUAGACGAUCACCUAGUGUAGGAGAUAGAUAUUACGAAUCAACAAAAAAUUCCAAAAGAUCAACUAGUCAUUCUAGGUCACCUAUUAGUAGAAACAACAAGAAGAAGUAUGAUAUUGACGAUGACAGACAUAAGAAACAAGAUGAUAAUAAGAAAUAUGACCGCUACCACAAAAGAGAAAAUGAUGACAGAAAAAAUGAAAAGAUAUUAAAUACCAAGGAUAGAAGAAGGUAUAGUCGUGACAGAAGUAGAUCUAGUGAAAAAACGCAAGGAAAUAAAAAUUCUAGGGAAAUGGAAAAAAAUAAAAGAGAGUAUUCAAGAAAUUCAAGAAAAGAUGAAAAAAGCAGAAGUAGAAGUAUUGAAUCUAGAGAACAUUCAAAUUAUAAAAAAAGGGAUGAUGCAAGACAGGAUAAGAAAAAAUCAAGAUCUCCAGACUUGUUGAAAUCACAAGACAAAAGGCAGAGUUAUAGAGGUACAGAAAGAGUGGAAUCCAAGCAUUCAAAAUCUCCAGAAUUGCCAAAAUCACCGGAGAAGAAAUUAAGCCACAGGGAAGUAGAUAAACGGCAUUCAAGGAGUAGAUCACAUUCCCACAAAACAGAUAAGUAUGAAAAAUCAAGGGAGAGAAGUACAGAAAAAGAAAGAAACAGAGACAGAAGUGCAGAUAGGAAGAUACAAAAAAGAAGUGUUGAGAGAAUGGAACAAAGAAAAGGAGAUUUUGUACAAAGCAAACUCAGAAAUGGUUCUGUUACUCCUCCAAGGCCGACAAAACGAAGUAGAAGUUCUUCUGAGAGCUCGCAUUCUGAAAAAGAAAUAAAAAAAUCUUCAAAGCAAAUUAGUGACAAGAAAUCAAAUGAGAAAUCUCCUAAAUCGUCAAAACAAUUGCCUGUUGUCAAAUUAAGACCUUCUUCUUCCGAGGAUGAAAUUCCUGCAGAUGACGUAGACAAAGAGGAAGAAAUUGAGGACAAAGAUUUGAAAAUGUUACGGAUGCUGAAAUAUGACCUAGCAGCUAAAGCUAAAGAUGUCCUGGAGAAAAAGAUUCAAAAGGGUAAAUCAGAAUAUGAGGAACGUCUGAACAAACUUUUGGAAGCCAGAAACUCUAGUCUUCUUCAGGAGAAAAAAACUAUUGAGCCAAAUGUUUUUGAUAUUAAAGUUUUGCCAUUAAAGAGAGAUAUUUCUAAGAGCCCUGUACAAAACAAAGUUGCUAAGGAUAUUUUUGAUAUUUACUCUGAAAAAGGAAGCAAGAAUAAAAGUAGAGAUUCUUCCAAAGAAAGGAGUCCAUCCAGACCUAGGACAUCCUCAAAAGAUAAGAAAAGUAAAUCAAGAAGCAGGUCUCCUAACAGUAAAAUUUCUCUGCAUGCUAAGAGUGCUAAAUCAAAAUCCAGGAGUUCCUCUAGAUCAAAAAGCAGUUCUAGGAGUAGGAGCCGUUCAUCAUCGUCAAGUAGCAGUUGGUCAAAAUCGUCAGGCUCCCGUUCAAGAUCCAGGUCGAGAUCAUAUUCGAGCUCUUCUUCGUCAUCCUCUUCUUCGAGUCGUUCUUCCAGAUCAAGAUCACCAUCAAUCCCUCGACGACAUGGAUCGCCAUCCUUUCUAGAUCGUAGAAGAAUAACCAGUGCAAGGAAGAGACCCAUCCCGUAUCAUCGACAAACUCCAAGCUCGCUUUCAUCGAGAAGCAGUUGUAGCAGCUUGAGUCCUUGGUAUAAACGGAGAUCAACAUCUAGAUCUGCCAGCCCGUUUUCCAGAUCUCAGUCAAGGUCUUCAAUAAAAUCGACACGAUCUCCAUAAAGAUAGUUUUUUUAACCAAGCUUUUAACAAAAUUAAUUUGUUUUUAAUUUGCAAUAAUCUAAUUUUUUAAAACUGAUCAACAAAUUCAGAAUACUCAGAAUCUGUUUUUAUAUGUAUUAUAACAAACUGUUCGCCAAAGAACUAUAUUUAACCAAAUGAUAUUAAAUAUUAGAAAUAGUUGUAAAUUUGAAAUAGUCGAACUAGAACUAACAUUGUGGAAGGAAUUAAUUUUUUUUUUAGGAAAUUUAAAAUUAAAUUCCUUCUUACAACUUGUGCAAUAAGCUUCACACAGGAAAAGCUUAAAACAUUGCAAUAAAAAAAUUCCAACAUUAGUCUGAAAGAUCUUAUCUAAUUUUGAUAUUAAAUAAUUAAGAACUCCGCAUUGUGGAAUAAUAAUUUUUAAAAUUAAUAAUCCGCAUAAAUUAGUAUUAAUUGUGCAAUUUAAGUAAAUUUUUCUAGUCUAUUUGUGUGAUAUAUUUAAUUAUUUAUUUAUUUGUAAAUUAUUGUUUUCUAUUUAUUCACUUAUUAAUAAAAAGGUGCACUAUUUA